CCACCUACAGUUUCGCUACCGAAUCUGCCCCUAUUUGUUUCAGUGCUUUCUUUCUACCCACAAAAAAAUAAAACUCUUGCGUGCUUUCUCAUCAUUCCUUCCUUCCUUCCUUCGUCUUCUUCCAUCAGAAAUGGAGUUUGCAGUAGCUAAAGCGUUGAAACCCAGUUUACGAAGAGAACUAUCCUUUCAACAGAAAACCUUGUGCGAGGAAAUUUUGUACUUGAACGGAAACAACGGCGUCUCCGGUGAGGAUUUCUCGGUGGAUGACCUUCUUGACUUGUCUCACGACGAAUUUCAGCACGUGCUUGCUGAAAAGGAAAACGAUUUCGAAGACGACGAGGAGAAAAAAGAUGGUUCCUUUGUUUCGGAUGAUGCAAACUCUAACUCUGGCAGUGAUUCCGGCACCGCCGAUACUGAGUCGGCUUUCGCAGGCGAACUCGCCGUUCCGGCCGAUGACUUAGCGGACCUUGAGUGGGUUUCUCACUUUGUAGACGAUUCUCUACUCCAGUUCUCGUAUCCGCUUUGCUCAGAGCAGUCGAAGGCGGAGAAGCACUCUGCGACGGAGCUUAGAACGGACUUGACGACGGCAAAAACUCCCCGUUUUCCGUCUAAAAUCCCGGUGAAAACGAGGAGCACCAAAUAUAGAAAAGCCAACGCUCGUGUCUGGUCAUCCAGCUUAAUACUUUUUGUUUCCCGGUCAUCUCCAAAGUCUUCCUCGGCUCUCAUCUUCGCCGGUGAACCGUCGGCGAUGAAGCAGAAAAAGAGGAAACCGGUGGAAGGGGAAACGGGUGGGUCCCAGAUUCAGCGUCGGUGCAGUCAUUGUCAUGUGCAGAAGACUCCACAGUGGAGAACCGGCCCACUAGGCGCCAAAACCCUGUGUAACGCAUGCGGGGUCCGGUUCAAGUCCGGUCGGCUUUUUCCAGAGUAUAGACCCGCAUGCAGCCCAACUUUCUCCAGCGACUUGCACUCAAAUAGCCAUCGCAAGGUGUUGGAGAUUAGGAGGAGGAAGGAGACGGUUGGUCCGGAGGCCGGUUUGACCCAAUCACAAAUGGUUCAGAGCUUCUGAAGUUUCAAAUUCCCAAGUAAACCGGGUCCAACCCGGUUCGGUUUUUGUACAAUAGUAGUAUCAGUUAACGGUCAGUCUUAAUUAGUGGAAGUCGGCUAGGAAGGUCACAGGUAGGUAUUAAUUAGGAGGAGAUUGAUUGUUUGUGUUACUUUAGAAUUUAGGGCAGUUGAUUUAACUUAUAUAUUUAUUAUUAGAGUAAAGUAGAAGCAGAGGAGAAUAUAUAUAUAUAUAUGGAUAUAUAAA